AAACAUGCAGAGGGCAGACUGCCGCAGCGACUGACUGACGAUUGGAAAAUAUAAUUACGGCAGACGAACAAACUAGCAGAACAGAGGAAAACACCUCCUCAUUUUGUCAAAUGUGUAAUUAUAGGCAGUGAACAGCAAAACAGGAAUUUAAUCACCGCAGCAGGCAUCAAGAUCAAGAAGUAUGGAGGAUUCCAGUCUGGUCAGAUGUGACAGCCUGGAUGCUGGGUCAGGUUUUGACAGGGAGAUGUUUGACCACAUGGCCUUUGACCCUGAGGGCUCUGACCUUACAGUAAACCUCGAGCCUUCACCAGCAGAACUGGCUCAGUGUGAGGCCGAAGUGGGCACGCUGCUCAGCAUCAUCGCCGAACUGAGCAAGAAGAUGGGGUCAUUAAAGGCACCGAGUGAGCCUGGGGACCUGAGACCACCAAGGCCAUCGAGGCCUUUGGUCCCUGACCUUCUGUCCCACAGACUGGUCAGAAGCAGCCCAGAGAGAGACACUCCCUCUCCUUCCACAUCUAAACCUCCACUGACUGACCGAGUGGGCGGUGGUGUAGUCUGGACGAAACUGCAGGAGGUUUUAUCAUCAGUGGAGGACUCCAUCAGCUGUAGAAGGACCUGGGCCGCCCCCAUCACAGCUUCUGAUCAGGACAAGCACAAUGAGCAUCUGAGAGCAGCCCAGGAGAGCUGUGUUAAAGCCACUCAGAUAUUGGAGGAGAUGGAAAGAGAGUUUGGGAUAUCGUGUCCAUCGGCCUUCCCAAAGGACCAGUAUCAGGGGGACAUCCUGGAUCUGGAGAAACAUGACUCUGCUCUCAGAAGCACCUUGCACAGUCGCCAGGAGGAGCUGGAGAGAGCACAAAACACCAUCAGCCAGAUGGAAGAGGAAAAGAACAAGCUGGUGGGUCUCCAUAAGGCCUGGAGGUCAGGCAGUCGCUCUCCUUCCUACCGGCCCGCCGCUGGGACUCUUAGUCCAGACUUGGCCUCUCCUCCCUUUCCUGGUUCUCCUUUACUCCACAGAAGAACAGCCAGAGGUGUAACACCUCUGUCUGCUGGUGGAGACGGCUCUCCACUGGGCUCUGUUAACUCAGGCAGUCCUUGUCCCAGCCCCAUAGGCCUGGAGUCUGAGACAGAACGACUGAACAGGUACAUCGAGCGGCUGAAAGCCAGAAAUGCACGUCUGACUGCAGCCUUGGAGCGAAGGAAGGGAGAGUCGGAGCAGAUCAGUAUUACAGUAAACAGGCUUGAGUCUGACUGCUCUGCCCUGCAGAUGGCUCUCAAAUACUGUGAGGAGUGUGAAGAGGCCUACAGCGAGCUACUGUCACUUUAUGAGGCCAAGAAGCAGCAAAGCAUUCCUCUGCAGCCAGACUCGGCAGAGGCAGCCGGUGACAGGCAGCAGCCCGACAGUCCAUCAUCGCUGCUCAGGAGCAGGGGAACCGAAGAGUUGUCCACCUCCUUCUCAACAGCAGGGGUCACAGAGGAGAAGGAAACACAGAGUUUCACAGGGCAGAGGUCACCUGAGCUGGUGAAUCGAGAGGCUGUUCUCCGUCAGCAAAUCGAGUGCCUGAAGAGGGACCGGGCAGCUAUUUCCCUCCCUAAACCAAGCCAAGGAGCAGAGAGCAAACUGAGCCCUGAAACUGGUCACCCAGCCGGGUCAAGGGGGGGACACGUGACUAAAGAUAAUGUCAAACCUCCUGAUGCCAAGAAAGAGAAGGCUUCCCUCUUCUAUGAACUCAUCUCUGUCAGGGAGGAAAUGUCAGAUCUGCGAGCUCUAAUCCGCCUCAAAGAGAAAGAGCUGAGGUGUCUGGAGUGGAGUUUAAUGGCCCAGAAGGCCCAGGAAGCAGCUGGAGUUUUUGUCCCAGAAAGUCUCAGAGAGGAGCUGGAGGAUCGCAAGAGUGAACAACAGAGGUUGUGUGAGGCCACAGCUAAACUGGGUAGUGAUGGGGACAUUGCUGGACAUCGAACCAGGCCCAUUCUGAAAGAGCUACAGGCCGUCCUGCAAAGGGAACAAGCCCUGAAGAAGAGAUUAGCUUUAGUCCAUGACUCAUUGAAUACAGCUCUCUCAGACAGCGCCUCGCACAGGAGGGACAAUGGAGACCAGAUUGCACGGCUCACACAAGCUCACAGUAAAGCUUUGAGCUCGUACCGGCAGAUUCGCAGGAAGUACCGGGAGCAGGUAUGGAGACUGGAGCAGAAAGUGGCCGCCAUGACGGAGAGUCACCACAACCAGAGCGUAGCACCAAAAACUCCAGGGGAGGCCCUGGAGUGGAGGAGGGAAGAGACUGUUCUCUGAUCCAUUGAAUCUUCAGUCAGAGAAUUAGCCGUUCUAAUAGCCAAAUGUUAUCAGCAUCAACUACGGUGUACAUUUCUGCUGAAUUCAAGUUGCCUAUAUGUAUCACUUGAAAAAAAUAUAUACCGUUUUUAACAUCCUUACAUCCUCAUCACUGCAGAAUUCCCUCUAUUAAUAGGAUAGUUGUAAUUUUACUCAGUUUUCUCUCCUCAUAAAGAAAUAUCUGUCUACCAACCUAUCUAUCCAUCUAUCUGGCAACCCAGCGAUGACAUAUGCAGCAGUCAGUUCAGGCGUUCUUUUGCUCUUGAGAAAUAAAUAUAGAGCAUGUAGGGCAGUAGAACAUGGAAAACGCUAUGAAUUCCCCCUGUUCAACCCCCUUGUGAGAGUUGCCAAUAAACUGAACAUGAUUCCAGAGCCUCACUUGUCUAUCAGGACCCACACAUCACAAGACGCAUUCCUGAUUUCAGGGAAAUACUUGUAAUGCAGUCACGAAUGUGUAUGUCUAUCUCAAGGACUGAACCCACUGAGGACCUCGGGACUGACCUCGACAGCGCACAUGUCCUUUUUCCCGUACAAGCCGACUCAAUAAAGCCUCCCCUGGCCGGCCAUGUUGUCGUGACAAUGCUCCGAGAAGGGGGAUGGGGGCCGGGACAAUGGCUGAUGUGCACACAAAAUGUACGGCCAGCCCAUUUGUGUUCUUUGCAAUUUCGUAGUCCUCUACAUCUCACUCUCUCUGCCUUUCACUCUUUACAUUUCUCUUAAAGGAUCAGUUCACGCGAUUGAUUAAAAAACAAUUCUCACUUAUCUCUAGUUUUAUCGGAUAGUUUCGUGUACUUUUUAAGCUCUCGGCCUUGUCACAGGUUGCAUAUCUUUGAGUCUCAUGCGUUACAAAUCAGUUUAAUUUUAAGAAGUACGAAGAGGGAAAACUAUACACUAUAAGAAGCGAAGAUUAGAGAAAAGUGACAAAAUAAAACAAUUUGUGCGGUAGAAUAUGUUUAUUUUCUAUCUUGUUUUUCUAAUCAUCAUUAGGGUUUUUUUUCGUAAUCUGGGUGAACCAACCAUUUAGGAACCCAGCUCAUCUCUGACCUUCUCCUCAUACCCAUCUUUUGCUCUUUUCAUCUCACUCAUAACUCAAUUUCUCUGCCUUUACCCUCUCCCUCCAUCUUCUCUCCUCCCUCAUCUCUCAAUCAUCUCCCCUCUCCCCCCUCCAGCCAACCCUGUGCCCUGACCUACCCGAGCCAGUCAGCUGCAGCUGUGACUGGCGGUCAGGAGGUUAAGGCAAAGGUUGAGUGUCACACCCACAGGGUCACAGCGAUGCCUGGCUGUUGUGUUAGCCUGUGAAUGGAGGGUUCAGAGUGCCAGACGAGGUGGCGAGCCCCUGACGCCCUGAGUCUUGCCUGAGUUUGCCCUUUCCCGAGCAGAGGUCAUCGCAGAGGGCCUGUCCCCUGAACUACCCCCAUACCUCCAGGUCACCAUUGCUAUUGUUGUAAUCACUGCCAUUAGAGCAGAUGAUACUAUUAUCGUUCCAUUUUGUGUUUCCUCUCUCUAAGGUCUAUGCUGAGCUUCUGAGUUCAUCAAAGGUUUUUUCAGAUGAUGUGAUUCUUGUAACCUCAGGGUGACUCUUGCAUCAAAGGGCACAACAUGUCUCAUAGAAAGAAAAAGGUAUUUCAAUCAUGACUAGCUCAGUAUAUGUGCAUCUAUACAGUGGCGGGAGAAGCAUUCAGAUCUUUUAUUUAAGUAAAAGUACAAAUACAGCAAUGUAAAAAUGCUCUAUUACAAGUCUUUCAUUGAAAAUCUUACUUAAGUAAAUGUAAUUAUAUUAUCAACGAAAAAUAAAUUGUUCCAAAAUGGCCCCUGUAACUGAUAUUGUAUUAAAUAUUACAGUAUUAGAUAGUCAGACUGAUGCAUUCAUGUGAAAGUAGAAUUUACCGUAUUUAGUUAAGGUGGAGCAAACUGCUUUAUAUACAGUUAAGUGGUUUAAUAAAUAUUAGAAAUAUAAAUAUUAGAAAUAUUAUAUUAUUUAUUUGAUUUGAUUACUGCUGAUAAAUGAGAUGAGAAGAGUGAUAUUUGUGCACCUUGAUUGGAGUCCACCUGUGGUAAAUUCAAUUGAUUGGACAGGAUUUGGAAAGGCACACACCUGU